AUCUGUAUAUUCCUUGUCAAUUCUUCAUCAGAUUUCACUGUUGCUGUUGAGAAACUACACAAAAUUGAAUGGCUAGACUCGAGGAAUUACCAAUUCCAAUUUUCUCUGAUCUUGAACCUGUUUAUGGUAGUGGAUCACAGCUUGAAGAGGCUCAACUUCGAUUCAAGAAUUUGAAAGCCAAGUUUAUAGACUUAUUUGGCCAAUCCCCUCAUGUCUACGCUCGAUCCCCAGGGAGAGUGAACCUGAUUGGAGAACACAUAGACUAUGAGGGUUACUCUGUUUUGCCUAUGGCAAUUCGGCAAGACACAAUUGUGGCUAUACGGAAACACGACUCUAAUGAACCUCAGAAGCUUCUUAGAAUUGCCAAUGUGAAUAGUGAUAAGUACUCCUUGUGUACUUACCCUGCUGAUCAUCUGCAGGAGGUUGAUCUGAAGAGUCACAGAUGGGGUCAUUAUUUCAUUUGUGGGUACAAGGGUUUCUAUGAAUAUGCCAAGUUGAAAGGGAUAGAUGUUGGUGAACCUGUUGGACUUGAUGUUAUUGUUGAUGGUACAGUUCCUACAGGGUCUGGACUUUCGAGCUCUGCAGCAUUUGUUUGCUCUUCCUUUAUUGCUAUAAUGGCUUCAAUUGGUGUUAACAUGCCCAAGAAAGAAAUUGCUCAACUCACAUGUGAGUGUGAAAGGCACAUCGGGACUCAGUCUGGUGGAAUGGAUCAGGCCAUCUCUGUUAUGGCAAAAUCUGGGUUUGCUGAGCUGAUUGAUUUCAAUCCUAUACGUGCAACUGAUGUACAACUGCCUGCUGGUGGAACUUUUGUGAUAGCCCAUUCAUUAGCUGAAUCACAAAAAGCAGUUACUGCUGCAGUUAACUACAAUAAUCGGGUUGUUGAAUGCCGACUAGCUGCUAUUGUACUGGGUAUUAAACUGGGGAUGGAACCUAAGGAGGCGAUCUCUAGUGUAAAAACUCUUUCUGAUGUUGAAGGGUUGUGUGUAUCAUUCGCUGGUACACACAGUUCUUCUGAUCCUAUCCUUGCUGUCAAGGAGCUAUUGCAUGAAGAACCAUAUACCAGCGAAGACAUUGAGAAUAUCACCAAGGAAAAGCUGGAAACAAUCUUUGCCGCCUCACCAACUUCCUUGGAUGUGCUUCGUGCUGCUAAGUGUUACAAGUUGCAUCAGAGAGCUGCCCAUGUAUAUUCUGAAGCCAAACGUGUGCACGCUUUUAAAGACACCGUAUCGUCAGAAUUAAGUGAUGAAGAUAUGUUGAAGAAGUUAGGUGACCUUAUGAACGACAGUCACCAUAGCUGCAGCGUCCUUUAUGAGUGCAGUUGUCCAGAAUUAGAAGAACUUGUGAAGAUUUGUCGAGAUAAUGGUGCUCUUGGAGCUAGGCUUACAGGAGCCGGAUGGGGUGGUUGUGCAGUGGCUUUGGUGAAAGAGAGUCUUGUUCCACAAUUUAUACUCAAUUUGAAGGAGCAAUUUUAUCAAUCAAGGAUUGACAAAGGAACCAUCAGUAAGAAUGAUCUUGGCUUGUACAUUUUUGCAUCCAAGCCUUCAAGUGGUGCUGCUAUUUUCAAAUUUUAGGUCUUGUUAUCCUAGUUAACUUUUAUUACCUUCAGCAUUUUCAGUCCAAAAAUCAAGGUGAAUUAUGAAGUUUCUAUCUUAUCAAUAAUAUAAAUAAAAAUAAAGGUAAAUUAUGGUACAAAUUGUACACUUGAUGAAACUCAUUAGAUAUUUUUUAAUUU